GUGCGGAGCUGGGUACCACGUGCCUUGCGCCACGCGGGUAGUACUGGCUUCGGAUAGUAUAGUGGUGCGCGAGCUACGCAGCCGCGGGUCCCGUUCGCCUCCACACACUGGUACACUGGUUUAGCGCGCGUCAAACCCGAGACAUCGCGGAGCGACUGAACGAGGAGAAAAGAAGAGGAGAAAGAUAGAGGGAGAGGAAGAACAGUGCUUUCCUCAACGAGUCUUCUUCGUGAAGCACCUCUUUCUGCCAGCGGCGCCCCCCUGCUGUUGAGGCUGUGGUAUGAGCCUAUGUGGCAGGAAGGCGCUGACGUUGCUGAGCAGCGUGUUCGCUGUCUGCGGCCUGGGCCUGUUAGGGAUUGCUGUAAGCACCGACUACUGGCUCUACCUGGAGGAGGGCGUCAUCCUUCCCCUCAACCAGAGCACCGAGAUACGCAUGUCCCUUCACUCUGGUCUUUGGAGGGUCUGCUUCUUGGCUGGGGAUGAGAAAGGCCGGUGUUUUACCAUAGAGUACGUGAUGCCCACUAAUGUCCAGAUGACCUCUGAGUCCACCGUUAGUGUCCUCAAGAUGAUCCGCUCUGCCACUCCGUUCCCUCUGGUCAGCCUCUUCUUCAUGUUCAUUGGUUUUGUACUCAGUAACAUCGGCCACAUCCGACCACAUCGCACCAUCCUGGCCUUCGUUUCUGGAAUCUUCUUCAUCCUGUCAGGUCUAUCUCUGGUUGUUGGUCUGGUCUUGUACAUCUCCAACAUUAAUGAUGAAAUGCUGAACAGGACCAAAACUAAUGAGGCCUACUUCAGUUACAAGUACGGCUGGUCAUUCGCGUUCGCUGCCAUCUCCUUCCUGCUCACUGAGACGGCGGGUGUAAUGUCGGUGUAUCUGUUCAUGAAGCGCUACACAGCAGAGGAAAUGUACCGGCCCCAUCAGGGCUUCUACCGGCCUCGCCUCAGCAACUGCUCCGACUACUCCGGCCAGUUCCUCCAUCCAGACGCCUGGGCCGGGCGAGGCCGCAGUCCCUCCUCCAUCUCCUCCGAGGCCUCCCUCCAGAUGAACUCCUCCAACUACCCUGCCCUCCUCAAGUGUCCAGAGUACGAACAAAUGUCAUCCUCACCCUGCUGAGGCCAAGGAUGAGUAGUUGUGUUAGCACCGUAGGUGUCAAUUUGAUCUGCCUGGAAUUUGGCAUAAAAUUUUCCAAUAAUUUGAUAUUUUUCAGCUUGAAACACAACAAGUCCCUUAUGACCUGAUUCUCUCUACCCUCCCUACUGCUGAUUUUUUAGUUACACCUUUUGGUUCUGUGGGGAGUAGAACAUAUGGCAAACUUGAAGGUUAGCCAGUUCACGUUAUUCUCAGCUGACCUGUCUUGUUCCAGGGAGAGCUGUUAGACAAUAAGAGAAGAAAGAGUUUGACAAGAUUGUACUUUUAUGUGCUUUUUCUCUAGCUUUUAGUGACGGGUGACUGGCCAUCUGGUGAACUGACCAUGGUAGGGUGAAGUCAUCUGAGAGGAGUAACUUCGUGUAGCUUCAACCUGUAAUGAGCGAAUCCACUAUUCGCCUGUAGUACUGCCACGAUCCUGAUAGCUAUAUGACAGAAUUACAUGCUGCACAUUUGCAGACAUGGAGAGUUCAAAAACGGGAUUAGAAUUGAAUAGGCAACGACAGUCGGGUGACAAAUUAAAGGAAAAACCAGAAAAAUUAGUGGAGAAACAGGAUGACAAUGCCCCCAUCCACAGGGCACGAGGGGUCAUUGCUGUGGCUUUCACAGUCACCAGAUCUCAACCCAGUUGAACACCUAUGGGAGAUUUUGGACUGACUUGUUAGACAGCACUCUCUACCACCAUCGUCAAAACACCAAAUGAGGGACUGUUUUUAGGAAGAAUGGUGUUCAUCCCUCCACUAGAGUUCAGAGACUUGUAGAAUCAAUGUCAUGAAGCACUGAAGCAGUUCUGGCAGCUUGUGGUGACCCAGCACCUUACUAAGACAUGUUAUGUUGGUUUUUCCUUUAAUUUCCCACCCGUCUGUUUGUGCAAUGAAUGCAGAGUCUGCACAUGUUUUCAAAACCAAACACUGCAGUAGGUUCAGAAAGCAGAAAAUAGCCAAUUACAUCACCUUGGUGUAGAAGAAACAGUGGUUCUGGACAGAAUGUUCCAUCAAUUUGAUUAUAAGAUUGUUGCUCAAAUUGUGCAGACCUCUGAUUUAUAAAUGUUACAAUGAAAAUUUUAAUACUAAUUUUGUCUACAAAUUGCACAUGUGCACCAGCUGUUUGACUGAGCACAAGCAAGUUUAACUCACAUCCUCAGUUGUCACUAUUCAGGUGCAGCACGCUGCACAGAAAAUGGCUUGUUGGUGUAAUACACUGUAGGGAUUCUCCUGCACAUCGUAACAGUUUAAGACAUGUUUCUGUGAAAUCAGGAGCCAGAGCUCUGCUUGAAUUUUCAGUGUUCAAGUGUAGAGCUUAUGAUACACAUGAUGAAUGUGAAUUUCAACCAUUCUAAUAGAUGAUUUUAAUUGACACACAAUUUUGUAAACAAAGUGUUUGACUGGGGUUACAUUCUGGGAGAGUUGGGUUUCUAACAGAUGGUGUUUGACCUUCCACGUCAACCUCACUUCUUUCUCAUCCUUCAGCAGUUUAAGUGUUGACACCAAAGGAAAUCUUUGUAUUAUAGGCUGCUAGUCCAGACAUAUGACAUACAUUCUAUUUAAAUGCCUAAAUCUGAAUAUGCUAAUGGUUAUAUAAACUUUUGAGUGUAUUAUUAUAAAAUCUUGUAAACAAAAUCAAAAAUAAUGUCUUAUUUACCCCCGUGACUCAUCAUUAAUAACGACAAGGGACUGCUUUGAAUCCGUGUUUCAAACAAUGCAGAUGUAAAACAGAGAGAACAUAUGAUUCGUGUAUACAGUGGUCCUCUUAGUAAUUAGAGUAAUUAAAUAUAGAAAGUGUGUGCAUUACUGCUUGAUUAUGCUUAUCAGAUUUGAGUUGUAAAAGGUUAGAAGUUUAAAUAAAGACAGGAGAAGAUGGACUUUGUGUGGUUAUACUGACAGGGAAUUUGAGUGAGUCAGGUGGUAUGAAAGACUAUUUUGAUACAGAGCCAUUGUGAAUGUAUAGAUGUACUGAAGGAAAACACUGCUAAAUGAGAAUAAAGUACCUCUCCUAUAGAGAUAUAUUAACCUAAAUUAUAGAUCAAUAUUUUUCUAAUUAUCCCUCUUAUAAUGACAGAAUAUUCUUAGAUGUUUGACCUACAAAUAUACUGCAAUCCUUAGUGUGCCAAGGAAAAAGUUGUAUCCAGGUUAAGUGGCAAAGUAUUGAAUAUAUACAUUUCAUGCAGCGUUAAGUGUGAGUAAACAUAUUACAGAGAAACAUUUUUGUCUUGUGCAAUACUUUUAUGUUAGUUUGAUAUAUUACUAAAAUUAUAAUUAUUGUUAGUAUUUCAUGUUGCAUGGUGUGAAUUCCACAUAUUAUUAAUGGCAUGCAACAUUUCAUCACUGCAGAACGUGUAAACAAAACAUAGCUUCUUAAAACCAAUAAACACAACCUGUGCCAAACUAAACUGUCACUCUUAAGCACUAUUCUGAUACAUAGACCAGUUGUAUUUUGUUUAUUUUAAACACUGUAAAUAUGAGAUCAUCAGUGUGUAUAUAGACUCUAAUACUUUUUGUAUAGAUGGCAGUACAUGUAAAAUAUGGUUGUCCUGUUUUUGGGUAGAUUCAUCUGCAGUAUAUGUGACAGCUGCUUCGCCUCCUUCCUCACAUUGAGAAUGUGAGCUUUUGCAUAAUGUUAUACUUACAUAAAUGUAAAGUAUUCAGAUGGUGUCAUUGUCAUACAUGAAAUGUCAAUAUCUGUGUAUUUUUACAAUCAGAGUCACUUUCAUGGUGUGAAAUGUGCAAUGGAAUAUGUAUACUCAAAGAAAUAAAGUUUAAUGGGAUUUGAUUAACAAUGA